GUCGAUGAGGUCGAAGAACAGGCUGAGGACCGGGAGGUGGCGGAGAAGGCCGAGGAGGUGGAGCGCCAGGAGGCCCGCGUCGCCAUGAAGGACCCGGAGAUGGACCUGAAGCUGGUAAUCGUGAGUCCCCACAGCAAGUGCGAUGGCACUGCCGAGGUCGACGGGGCCUCCUUGGUGAUCGAUGGUAAGGAAGUGGUGUUGUCGCACACCCGCGGCCCGGCCGACAUCCGUUUCACGGAGCACGGUGCGGGUUACGCCUGCGAGCCCACCGGCGCGGCCGGGGCCGAGCCCGAGGAGGUCGACGGGGCCUCCUUGGCGAUCAAUGACAAGAAGGUGGCGCUGUCGCACACCUCCGACCCGGCCGAGAUCCCCUCCCAGGAGCAUGGUGCGGGCUACGCCUGCGAGUCCACCAGCGUGGCAGGGGUAGAGAUGAAGUACGGCUCGAUCCACAGCAGGUACGAUGGCACGGUCGCGAUCGACGUGGACUCCCUGUCGAUCGAUGGCAAGAAGGUGGCGCUGUCGCACACCCGCGACCCAGUCAAGAUCCCCUUCAAGGGGUACGGUGCGGACUGCGCCUGCGAGUCCACCAGCGUGUUCCUCCCCAACGAAGAGGCCCCGCCGCACCUCAAGGCGGGCGCGAAGCUGCAGAAGGAGAGGCCCCCUGAAAAGAUCCGCGCCGAGAUCCAGCGGCGCUCCGAGGGCGACAUGAAGGGAACCCUGGGCUCUGCGACGUGCCCCAUCUCCAGCACCUUCGAGUUGCAGGCGGGCAUCGUGCUGGACUCAACGUUCAUGAAGCACGUUGAGGAUAAGGGCGAGGAGGACGAGGAGGACGAGGCUGAGGGGCAGAUCGAGGAAGAGGCGGCGCGGUCCUCACCCUCCUCAUCUCAUCAGGCGCUCUUAAGCCAAAAUGGCUACAGAGCCUCCUCCUACUCCCACGCCUACUUCUUCUCCCCCUCCCUCGACUCUGGACCCUUCCUCCUGGUUUCUUCCUUCCUCUGCUCCUCCUCGUCCUCCUCGUCCUCUGCCCCCUCUUGUCCGCCCCCCUCUCCCUUUUCUUCUCCCUCGCCCUUUUCUUCCACCCCCGACGCUCGACGAUGGUUUUGGCACGCACGACGACGAGGCGGGGCUAGCAUCCUCCUGGUCGUUAUUGCCUUCCUUCCGGAAGCCUGGCGCGACGCGCGCCCAAAUGAUGAGCAACCCAAUCAGCUGCCGGGCCUCUUGCUCGUCAUGGGCGAUGCCCUGUGGCUGCUCGCCCUGAUGGUCCUCGCUGCCGUGGAGGUGUCAAUGCGGGCGCGGGCUGCCGUAGGCGGCUUUCUCGCCAGGGGCUGGGCUGUGGCAGCCAAGAUCGACGUGUCCCAGGGCUGGAGCCAGAUUCGGAUGUAUGGCCAAGCUGCAGCCUACCUCGGACUUCACCUCGCCGUUGCCGCUCUUGCGGGCGCUAUCGCGGGAGGCCUGCUCCACGCCUGGGCUUUCCCGGCUGCGCUUGCGCCUUCAGCUGCCCCAGCCGCUCUGGCUUGCGGUUGGAGCGCCCUGGACUUCGACGCGACUCUCGGGUAUCCCGGCGAGGGCCCUGGCGCCGCCGGUGGUGCCAGCGGGGCCGCAGCAGCAGCAGGAGCUGAGUACCCUGGGCCGGUGGCUGCCGCAGAGAACGCCAUGGACACUGACGGCCCCCCCGCGGUCGGAGUUGCCUGGACUCUCUCCCAACAGGGCCGCGGACGGCGAGCCCACUGCUGCGCUUGCAAGGCGGCGUUCACCAUCGGCGAGGCGCGGCUCCAGACACAGGGUGGGAAACGUUUCUGCCACUGGCACUGCGCGGGCACGCGGUGGCGACGCUCGGCGACGCUGACCGGGGCCCGGGGGGUGCCCGAGGAUGAGGUCGAACGCGUGCGGGCCCUCCUUGGCGAAGCAGCGGCGGUGCCUGAAGAUGAGCCCGCGGCCUUCCAGCCUGAGGGGGUUCCCAAUCCCCUGGCUGCUGCGCCUCACGGGGAAGGAGGAGGAGGGGACGAGGAAAGCCUCCAGCCCCCCCGCCUGGCCCGCAUGACCUGGUGGGACAACGUGGAUGUCCAGCACGCCCUGGGCCAACGGGUUGCCACCAUGCGGCGCGUGCCCCCUGGCCUCCAAUCCGCCUGGGCCGAAGCCAUGGGCGCGGCGCUCCGGCUGAGCGUCCGCGGGAGCGACCCGCAGGAACGAGAGAGGGCUUGGAAGUUGGUGAUGUUCGCUCCGCGCCUUGUUUUCGCUGCCACAGGAUCACGCGGCGGCCGCGGAGCGAACGGCAAACGGGCGGCGCGCAUCCAACAUGACCUCGCCGCACGCCUGCAGGCGUUCUGGCGCGGGGAGUGGCAGGAACUUUGGGACGCAGCGCAUCGGCGAGAGCUCCGGGUGGCGCCGGCGCGCGGCCAGGGUGGGAACAUCAUCAACAAGGUUCGCCGUGUUCGGGCCAUGUUGGACGAUGGACAGGUGGCGGGCGCGGUCGCCACCCUGCGCCAAACUGGGCAGGUGGCCACAGGACCUGGCACACGCGACCAGCUCCGAGCUCUCUUCCCAGAGCAGAACACGUGGAACCCGGGGCAGCAAAACGCCGCCGCAGCACUCCUCCCAGAAGACCCGCGCGAGGGCCUGAGCGAUGCCAUCGUCAAGGCCUUUCGGAAGGCGCGCUCUGGCCGCGCGCCGGGGCCGGAUGGCAGUCGCAACGAAUACUGGCGCGUGGUUGCCGCUGACGCCGACGCCGCCGCCGCCCUGUCCGACGCCGCCCUCGCGUGGGUUGAAGGCACCUCCCCGCCGAUCGUGGACGUUUGGCUUAACACUGGGACAAUCACGGCGCUCCGCAAGCCCGCCGGCGGGGUUCGACCCCUCACGGUCCUCGCCCCCUUCCGGCGCACUGUCCUCACAGGCUUCGUCGCUUACACCGCGGAUGCCACGCGAAGCGCCGCUGGCCCGCUCCAGUACGGACUCGGAGUGGCCGGGGGCGUGGACGUCCAAUUUCGGGCUCUGCAGAGCGCGGUGCACGACCGGCCAGGGAGUCUUUUGAUCGCCGUCGAUGUCGCCAACGCCUUCGGCACGGUCUCCCGCCAGGCCGUCCUUGACUCCCUCAGCGCGGUUCUGCCUGAGUACGGCAGCCUGCUGGCGCGGCUCUACGCGAAGCCCGCGGUGGGCCUCUGGCGCGACGGGGAGGGUGAUCUGCACGAGUUUAGCACUGGGUCCGGCGUGCCCCAAGGCUGCCCCCUCAGCCCGGCGGCGUACGCGGCGGCCCUCCACCGAACGACGUUGCAGCACUUCGCCAACUCCCCGGGGCGGCUGGUCACGGCGUAUCUCGACGACGUCGUUGCAGUCGUGCCGGUCGCAGAGGCUGAGCAAUUCCUCCACGACCUCUCCGGCAGACUCAGCGCCUGGGGGCUCGUUCUCAACGCGACCAAAACCAAAGUGUGGCUCCCCCCUGGCCACACCCAGUGCCCCCCGGCACUGCGGCCCCACGUGGUUGAUGAUCUCCGCGUGCUCGGGUGUGGCCUGACGCGCCGCCAGGACGACGACUGGGCGGAGCUGGCCGCCGGCUCCGGGGGCGGCGCCCGAGCCAUGGGCAAGGUUACGGAGGCCUUGGGGGUUUUCGGCCAGACCUUGGACGAGGCCGUGGCCGCCGGCCUCGGGGUCCAAGAGGCCGGCGCUAUGCUCCGCUGGACUGCGCAGGGCCUGCCGAACCACCUCCUGCGCGCGCAGCUCGUGGACCAACGAGCGGUGCAAGCUUUCGACUGCGUCCUCCGGCGCCUAUGGGACCGCCUCCUUAACGAGACCCAGACCGACAGGGAGUGGGCCCAGGCUUGCUUACCGCUCGGAGACGGCGGCCUCGCCGCAGGAGCCGCCGAACCCCGUCGGGAAGCCGCCCACGUGGCCGCCUGGUGCGCCGCGGCUCCGGCUGUCGCGCGCGCCUUGGGCAUGGGCAGCGCAGAGGAGCUCCUUGCGAGGCAGGCCACGGGCACCCAGGGCUUCGCCGACGCUGUGGCUGCCUACAACACCAGGGUGGGCAACGCGGCUUACUACCUCCAGGUCUCGCUGGCGCAGGGCGAACGGAGCAGACAGAAGGACUUGAUGCUGCCCGUCAUGGAAGUCCUUGGCGCGCGGGCUAGGGCCGGCCUGGACGACCGCGCGCUGGGCCGCCUUCUGUCCUGCGGAGGCCCUGGGGCAGGGGCUUUCACGCUGUUGCCUACGGCGCCAGAGCACCGGAUGGCAACCGACCUGUACCGACUUGCGUUGCGGAGGCGCCUCCAGAUGGAGGGCCCGCGGCUGCUGAAGGGUCAUGCAUUGCAGACGCACUGUCAACACACAUCCCGUGACGGGGUGGUUUGCGGAGCUUUGCAUGAACCCGAUCAGCAUCACGCAAUCGCGUGCGAGAGGGGGCCCACGCGCACUGCGCGGCACAACCGGGUCCGCGAUUUGUUAGCGCGUUGGCUUGCCAAGCGGGUCCCGGGCCUGGUGCAGACCGAACAGACAGUGCCGCAGUGGACGCGGCGGCGCCGGGAUCCAGAGACUGGCCAAGAUCGGAUGGAGCUGGCGGUGCUGGACGUUAAAUGGUCCGAGAAGGGCGUGUGCCACGUGGUGGACGUGGUGGUCACUAGCCCAGACAGCGCUGACGAGCGCGAGGAGAGGGCCAGGGCGGCCCACGCGGGCCUUGCUGCCGAGGACGCCGCGCGGGGGAAGCAGCUACGCUACCCGCCUGGCCCAACGACGCCAGCCCUGACGCCUUUCGCCGUCGAGACAGGCGGGCGGGUCGGCCAGGCGGCCAGACAGCUCGUGCUCGACCGGCUGGACCACGCUGAAGGUGAGGCAGGGGCGAGCGCAGACGCCACUGCCUUUUGGCAGGAGCUCUCGGCCACGCUGCAGACUGCAGUGGCCGAACAGAUCCUCGCCGCUCAUAGGCCGCCGGCCCCAGCCGGAAGACGCUGA